UAUUAAAUUUUCUCUAUAAUUUAUAUGGUUAAUUAUUUUCUCCAAUUCUUUCAGUAUUUUCAUUAUUCUUUUUUUUUUGAUCAUUUGUUUAUUGUCUUUUUGUUCUUUCUCUUUUUUUCUAGCUUGUUAAUAAUCGAUGAUUACGUUGACUGGUUUUGUUUACCAUGAAGAAAGGCCUGUCUUUUUGUGCCCCUUGUACCAUCCAUGUGUUGAUGAAUGGGAAGAGAAAUCAAAUAUAAACAAAUCGGGUUGGAUUUCAUUGUUACCCAAUUCAUCAUAUAUUUCAUCAGCAGCCUCUUGUCAUUUAUCUAAUACUUCACCAUCAUUCUCACCUUUACAAUCUUCAAAGGAAAAAAGCAUCAACAGCCCAACAUCAUCACAAUCAUUAUCACCAUCAUCAUCAUCGUCAUCGUUUUCAUCGUCGUCAUUGUCAUCAUCAGGAUCGUCUUGUUCAUCAUCAUUUACAUCGGUUUCAAAGAAAACACCAACAUGUUCACCUUCAUCUUCUUCUUUGACAAUUUACUCUCAUCCCAAUGGAUCUGGAAUUCAUUUUAGAUUUGAAGUUGAUAGAUGGUCAUUGGUUAAAUAUAAUCUUACCCUUAACCAAUUAACCUUUGUUUUCAAAGAGAUCUGGCGAAGUAAAAACUUUCGAAAAUCAAUUGUUCGAAAAGAAUUGAUACCAAAAGAAUGCCGUCGUUCGAUACGCACUUUAAUCUAUAGAGGAGCUAAUAUAGAUUUAUUUGUUCGGUUUAAAACCGAUGAUUGUCAAUCAACUUCUAUCGAUUGGCCUGGCAAUUACUUAUUUCUGGCCUUGGUUUCGACUAAAUUAAAAAUUGAAGAAACAUUAUCCAUCUUAUCGACUCUUGGUGGAGCAUAUUCAUCUCUUGGAGAACAUUAUUUGCAUUUUGCUAUCAAAGCGGGUGAAACAUCAAUCAAACAAAUUGGAUUGGCUUGUAUUACCGCUGAUCCAACUAUUAUCGCUCGUUGUUCAAUCUACAUGGUCUACAGUUUAUGUCAACGAGGUCUUCGUAAACGAGCUCGUCAUCUCAUGGUCACCUUUAUCUAUCCAUAUAUUACCAAAAUGAUUAUUAAGAAAACCUGUGAUAAUAUUGUUCGCAAUAUGUACAAAGCGGCUAAAUUUAGAGUUGAACAUUAUUAUAAUUGAAAUUGAUUGUAUCCAAAAAAAUCAACUCGAAAAAUUUUUGCUUCUUUAUGGUCCAAAA